AUGAGUAAAACUAGGGAUCCUAGUUUACACGAAGACUCACAGGAUGACAUAAGUCUUAGCAACAACGGCUUUGAUGAUGAGGGAUUUAGCUCAUUCCUGCCCCAAAUGUGCAAUCAGCUGUCUGAAGAAGAAAUUGCUUUGCGGAACGAAAUGAAGUUAUUAAAACAGGCAAAAAAACUCCUUAGUGAUUUGAACCAGGAAUUGGUUUCGCAACGUGUUAAACCUGAAUCACAGACAAAGUCUUCCAGAACUACAGAGCAAGCGAAGGAGGAAGCAAUGAAAUUGUUAAAGUCUGGAGCAAUAUCAUUCGACACAGGGAAUGAACGUCACGUCUUUAAGCGAAAGUUGAAGGAAUCGGAGGGUGGCGAUUCGGAGGAUAUUUCAGAGCCUGGAAAGGGUAGAAAGCCUAGCCUCUAUGACAACUUUGUUGCCGGUGAGCGAGUCAAUCCGACUAUUUCACCCACGAACAAGCAGAAACCGUCAACACCUCUUCACGACGCUCCACAGGACAGUCGAAAUGACUUUGGUAAACGAAUGUCUUUACACAAGCCCGGUUUACCCGACUUCGAGGGUGAAGGUCGGAGGCCUACAGGCGGAUCUACCAUCUACAUCAGCUUCAACGACAUCAACGAGGCUAACGUGCGUGAAAUCCUGGAACCCUAUGGACCCAUUUUGAACAUCCGAGUUGACGAAAAAAAGUGCUAUGGAUUUGUUACUCUAAAGUCACCUGAUAUGGCCGAGAAGGCUCUUAUGCUGGAUCGGACGAGAUAUAACAAUCAUCGCUUGCGCGUAAAUUAUGCCCGACGCCAGCAUCGUGCCCAUGAUGUUAAUUUCGAGGAUAACUUGGAGCGCUCAUCUCCUAGACCUAUACCUCGAGGGGGAGGAAACGCCAACGCACUACCACGAAUGGCCUCCCAAUCACCUCCCAGUCGCGGUGAUAAGGCCUCGCCUUCCUCCUCCCUCUCCACAUCGAAUCGAAACCUCGUUAACUACUCCGACGUCGAUUACUGA